CGCCUUUCUGCAUAUUAUUGCUCGUUAGAAGUGUGAAAAGACGCAGCUACAACCCCCUAUAUUGAAAUACGUGAGCUCGGGCAAGAGCUCGGAAUAAUCCGAUGGUGUCCGGAGAGUCUAAUCAGCUUGCCAGUAAAGAUUGCCGUGUCUGCAAUAGAAGACGGAUCCGGUGCGAUCGCACGGUGCCGUCGUGCCUCAAAUGUGCUACCAAGGGUGUUGCAUGUCCCGGGUAUGGACCUCGAUAUCGCUGGGCGAAUGCUGCCGCCAUCCGCGGCAAAUUCAAGGGUCUUGGAACUCCCGACAGUUUCCAGGCAGCUGGAUCGCCGGAAAAUAAUAAAGAUGGCAUCGUCUUUCCUCAACGGACUCCGGAAGAGCCGUUGCUGGUGCAAAGUAAUCAAUCUAAAUCUAGUCUUGAUACGCUGGCCCCAUCUCUGCCCGAACACAUUGCGAAGCGACUACUAGACCAUUAUGCCACCUCCAUUGCCCCGAUAAUGGUCUGGCUUGACUCGGAUAAGAAUGCAUACAGACGCUUGGUUAUCCCGUUGGCAGAAAAACAUCCCUCACUGCGUCUCUCACUCCUCGCCAUCUCCGCGGCACAUAUGCAUCAUGAAUUGGAACUUGACGCUACCUUUUCACAGUCUGCCGGGCAGACUGCCAUCCUGAUGAUUACAGAGAGAGUCCGACAGAUGAUUGAAACCCCCAAUGGUCAGCAGAAUGAACAGCAGGAGAAGGACAACAGAGAGAUCGAAGCAUUACUCGCUGCCAUGCUUACGCUGUCGAACCAUUCACUGCUUGGAUCCGAACUGUCUCAUGCCCAGUCUCACAGGCAAGCUGCGCGGAUCCUAAUUAACACAUUGACCCUCAGAGGACCCUCCGAUGACGAGCUUAUAGUCUUCCUCAAGAAUCAGCUAGCCACCUACGACAUUCUAGCAUGCACGACCCUGUUUAGUCAUCACCACAUUCAACAUGCAAUUAUGCCUCCAGUCGAACAGAAUGUUCUUUUUGGGAAUUUCCUCAUCAUCCUACAUCGGAUAACAACUUGGUCCUUGCAAGAGGUGCCCGACUCACUAGCCCCCAAUUAUCCUUCUCUUUCGGAACUCGAGGAGGAAUUUGAACUUGCCCGUGGCUUGACAUUACUAGCGGCGGGCCCGCUGAUGACCACAUCAUCCAGUCAAUGCUCUCAACUGGAGUUCGUCCGACUGGUCCAGAUGUAUCACCAUGCCGGGAUGCUCUACGCUUGCAAGCGUCUUCGCGUGUCUAACCUGGUCGCCUUCGACCAAGUUGAAAAAGCUCACUCCGCUAAGCUCUUCAGGUUGCUCGAACAUUUUAAACAUGCCGAUGCUCCGUGGCACAACUUGCCAUGGCCCAUUUUUAUUGCAGGUAUCUCCAGCGGCGGAGAUCAAGGUCGAAAAUGCACCGUCACGGACCUCUGUCAGAUGCUAUCCGCGAGUACUCGUUUUGAGCACUAUACCGACCUUUCGGCUUUUCUCCAGGAGCUGUGGCAAAGCUCGCAUGGGGACUGGUGUCUUCUUGCACGAGAAUGGGAGAGAAGAGGGAAUCCAAUCAUCGCCAUCUGACAUUGCAAUCCGAAACCAUCACAUAUUACUUCUAAGGGGUAAGAGAUCUAUUUGCUUACAAAUAUCAAAGUAAUUAUUCAAAAGGUGGAAUUAUCUUCACCAUCUCUACUCUUCAUCCGUUAACCCUAGCCUGUACUCGGGCGUUGCCUCGGCAUUCCCCCCGAACAACACCGGGCCAGCACCCCUCAUAUAAUGUUUCCUCGCCGUCCAAAACCACGACACACUAGCCAGGAUGACCACGCCACCCAGAAUGGCAAUGGCCCAAUUCAUAUCGGAUAUUUCGCCGACGACAGGCAGGUAUUGAGGAAAGACAUAGAACAGAACGACGACAACGCUCCAGGCGAGACUAAGCAAGUUUACCACAUAUCCCCAGAAGUUACCAAGGUCGAACUGCCGACCUUCUCGUAGGACCUUGCUGCGUCCUCUCAGCACCACGCAGAGGAUCGGGAUACAGUACGAAACUUGGAGGGCGAUGCCGCCGCCAGAGAGGAUAGCGUUGAAGGCGAGAUCGGACCCGAGCACGAUGAGUCCUAUGAGGACAUUGAUGAUGAAGAAAGCCACCAGACCGCGAAUGGGAAUGUUGAAGUACGGAGAGAUAUGGGAAAGGUAAUCAGAGCGGGGAAAUGCGCGAUCACGAGCCAUUUUCCAGAUGAGCCGAGCGCUUGCUGUGGAUUGAUUCAGGACAAUCAACAUCUGGCUUAGUUAGUGCGGACAGUCAAAGAAUGAAUUGAGCGGAAAACAAACGUUCAAUCCC